GUUUCACAUGCCCAAAAUUUUGCAGGAACGUCAAAACGCAAAUCGAGGUCGUGAGGCCAUCAGGCAUGCGCAGAUUGUUCCGCUACGUCAUAACCUUAGGGUGUGCUUUGGCCGCGCUCUCUCCCCAGUUUUGCAAAAUGGCGAAUCUUCGAAUUUUGGUCGGAGUGAAGAGAGUGAUCGACUACGCGGUGAAAAUCCGCGUCAAGCCGGACAACUCCGGGGUCGUUACAGAUGGCGUCAAACACUCGAUGAACCCGUUCUGUGAAAUCGCCAUGGAGGAGGCCGUCAGGUUAAAGGAGAAGAAGUUAGCUAAGGAGAUCAUUGCUGUGAGCUGUGGCCCUACCCAGGCCCAGGAGACCAUCAGGACAGCCCUGGCUAUGGGUGCUGACAGGGGCAUCCAUGUGGAGGUGUCAGGAAAGGUAAUGAAAAAUUGUCAAGACACACUUAUAUUCCCACAACAGAAUCCUUCUAUACUGCAUUUGAUAUACAGUUGAAUAAUGUAAAAUAUUUCCUUUCAGUCCAUUGAUGGAGACAACAACCAGACAGGACAGAUGACAGCAGCGCUACUUGACUGGCCACAGGCAACCUUUGCUUCAGAGGUCACAAAGGAAAAUGACCAUCUUAAGGUCAUUAGGGAAAUCGAUGGUGGCCUGGAGACUGUUAAAGUCACACUUCCCGCAGUCAUCACGGCAGACCUGCGUCUGAACGAGCCCCGCUACGCCACCCUCCCCAACAUCAUGAAGGCCAAGAAGAAGAAGAUCGCCAAGCACAAGGCGUCAGACUUCGGUGUGGACCUGUCCCCCACACUGGAGGUGCUGAGUGUGGAGGACCCACCGGUCAGACAGGCAGGCCAGAAGGUGGAGAGUACAGAGGAGCUGGUAGCCAAGCUGAAGGAUUCUGGAGUAAUUUAACACAGUCCUCAACACAAUACUCAUUGAUUUGCAGAGGAUAAUACUUGAAUUGGAAGACUUGAAGUCCUGUAAUUUUUGUUUAGUUCAGCUAAAACUACAAGGCUUCAUAGGCUAUAUAUCUGCACAUAUGCAUCUCAAUAUGACUUCCACAGCCAUUUUCUGGUAGGAAAUUGUGAAAAUAUUCGAGGCAUGUUGCAUACUUUAGUAUCAGUAUUCUACUUUCAAACCUGAAUGAUAUAUUGAUCAGACAUGUGAAGCUAUAGGUUGAGUUGCCAGUGUAGAGACCAGAUGAUGUAAUAUGCUGCUUCCAUCAUUUCUGUAAAUAAAAGAGUUGUGCCUCA